AUGGUCAAACACUUCUCCGUCGACUGGAUGGCCCAGAGCAGCACUCCUUCAAAGCGAAUUGACGAGCACAAGGAUUUAACGUCCCCUGUGAUACCUCACGUCCGCUGCAUGGUGCAGCCUCGCCAACCGUCAUCCUAUGGCAAGGAUUAUCUCCAACCCAAACCUAAGUCCUUAAAAACGGCUGAGCGCGCGGAUCCCAACGAUGAUAUCAGCUUGGCUUCACCUGCACGGUCCACAAGCUGUGUUUCACCAAUUUCUGAAAUCAGCGGCUACUCUUCUGGUUACGAGAGCGAGGCCGGCCUGUCAGAGUGUCCCUCUGUGGAGGAGAGCAGCGAGGCCGACCGGGACGGGGCCCUGCAGCGGCGCCUCCGCACCAAGUUCACCCCCGAACAGAUCAACAAACUGGAGAAGAUAUUCAACAAGCACAAAUACCUGGAUGCAGGGGAACGACUAAAGACUGCACAGAAACUUAACCUCUCCGAAACUCAGAUUCGAACCUGGUUCCAGAACAGGAGAAUGAAGCUGAAGCGAGAGGUGCAGGAGGACAUGCGCGCGGAGUACUUUGCGCCUGCGCUGUCGCCCCUGAUACAGUGCCACGACUUCGCCGGACAGCGCUUUCAAUAUCCCCAUCACGCCGGUCUGGCGAUGUACCCCUCGAUGGGCCAACAGCUCCAGGCUCUGACCCCACAGCCCAUCAUCUCUUACCAAGUGCCCUAUCAUAUGGCGGCCACCAACCCACGGUUCUACUAG